GCAGCAAAAGUUCGAGUUGGGAUCACCAUUCUCGUUUUCACCAUGUCUGCAGUCUGCAACCUCGCUGUGCUCUGGACGACCACUCAGAAUCGCAAGAGGAAAUCCCACAUAAGAAUUUUGAUUGUGAACCUGGCUGCUGCGGAUCUCCUGGUAACGUUCAUCGUGAUGCCUCUGGAUGCCAGCUGGAACAUCACGGUUCAGUGGCAGGCUGGGGACAUUGCCUGUCGGUUGCUGAUGUUCCUAAAACUCAUGGCUAUGUACUCCUGCGCGUUUGUCACGGUGGUGAUUAGUGUAGAUCGCCAAUCUGCCAUUCUGAAUCCUCUGGGCAUCAGUGAAGCCAAAAGGAAGAAUAAAAUCAUGUUGACUGUAGCUUGGAUUUUGAGUGUCAUCUUGUCCAUUCCACAGAUUAUCUUGUUUCACACUGUCAGUAUUACUGAGCCGCAGAACUUCACACAGUGUUCCACAAUGGGCAGUUUCAAGGAACACUGGCAGGAGACCUCAUACAACAUGUUCACUUUUGUGUUCCUGUUCCUCGUACCACUGGUCAUCAUGAUAUUCUGCUACACCCGAAUCCUGGUGGAGAUAUCAAAGAGGAUGAACAAGGGAAAUUUGUCCUCAAAAGAAGUGCAUUUAAGGCGAUCGACAAAUAAUAUACCAAAGGCACGCAUGAAAACGUUAAAAAUGAGUGUAAUUAUUGUAACCUCUUUCAUAGUGUGCUGGACUCCAUAUUACCUUCUAGGACUAUGGUACUGGUUCUCACCAGAAAUGCUCUCAGAAGGAAAGGUCUCCCAAUCUUUGAGUCACAUACUCUUCAUUUUUGGCCUCUUUAAUACUGUCUUGGAUCCCAUCACCUACGGACUUUUUACCAUCCAUUUCAGGAGAGGCUUACAACGUUGCUGCCAUUCUGCUAAGAUGGUAACCAAUUCAGAGCUCAAUUCUUCACUGACCAGAUCAUUCAGGUGUUCCGCAUCAUCUCUUCGCCUGAAGAGAUUAACUGCACUUGCUCAAGAAGGUCACAGAUCAAUGGCGGAGGAUGAGCCUCAUAGUAAAGGCAGUUAUUAUAGCAACGGUUAUCUUGAUGCAUACAAAGGUGAUGCCAAAAAAAGCAUCAGUACAAGUGCAGAAAAUACACUGUAGGCUGAUAGCAAGUGCCAUGUAGCCUUGCUGUACAAAACACGA